UUUGAUUCCAAAUCUUGGAUACAUUUCCGAAGCGGCUGCAUCUCUUCUCGAUCGUCGGCUAAACCUGAAUAUUGUUCCAGUUACUGAAGUUGUCUGGUUGUCUUCACCAUCUUUUCAUUAUGAUUACUUGGACCGUCGCGCAGCAACGUCAAAGAAAAAUCCGAAGCCUCUACCCGAAAAGAUUGGUAGUUUUCAAGUGUAUUUGGAAGGCUUCAAGGAUGCUAACGUUUUCUUGAGAGAGCAUCCAUGGCCUGAGCAUAACAACAGUAACGGUAACGAAAGAGUAACAGACAACAAUGUGGCUACAAGUGAGAGAUCGAAUAGCCGCUUAAGUCCACUUAUGUGUGGAAGAGUCGGGACAACUGAUGAUGAUGAUCAAAAUGAAUCUUACUUGCUAGGGAAAAGAUUCUGUUGGACUCCCGAGCUACAACUUCAAUUUAGAGAACAGUUUGAAAAACUUGUUAUUUUGGAUUAUUUGAUGAGAAAUACUGAUCGAGGAUUUGAUAAUUGGAUGAUAAAAUACUGCGAUAAAGAUGAACGCGACUGUUUUACCAGCACACCACCAAAAUCAAUGACCAUGAAAGCACCAGAUGUUUCAUCAACAAAAACACCUUCAAAUAACCAAGAAAUACAACCACAUGAGGACGUUAUAUUACCUUCUUCUGCUGAACCCCUUAGAGAAAUGAAUUAUAAAGAUAUUACAUCUGAGUCUCUUCAAGAAACAUCUGUUUCCGAAAAUUCAGGGAGUAACGUUCGUGCGGAACCAUAUUUUAUCCCAUAUCCACAUAUUCAUAUUGCAGCUAUUGAUAAUGGGUUAUCAUUUCCCUUUAAACACCCUGAUAAAUGGAGGUCGUACCCUUAUGGAUGGUCCUUCCUUCCUGAAGCUCUUAUAGGUCAACCUUUUACUGCAAAUACAAGAAAGCAUUUUCUCACCUUACUCACUGAUCCUAAAUGGUGGAAAGACACUGUAUAUGAGCUUGGUAGCUUUUUCUCUAUUGAUGAUGAUUUUGAUGAGGGAAU